GUUGGUCAUGGACGGUCUCGCUAGUAAUUUACCUACAUUGGAACUACAUAUCCCACAAAACAAGUAGAGUCAAGAAAAGCAGCAUGCGCACUGGCGGUGGUAGAGUUGAUAUAAAACCGCGAACUCAUUCUGUGGUAGCAUACUGGACAGUCACUGUUGUGGAGAUGAAAUACGAACCUGAGAAGGAUUACUAGCGGCACCGAAAUAGUUAACCUUAGUUCGCUAGCUAGCUACAGUAGCUCUGACGAAUCAUUCGAGAAGUAACAAGUGUUACCAUUCAUAACUUUGUUUUUAAGAGUAGCGAUAGUGACCGUUUCGAAAGUUAGCUAAACAUUUCUUGUCAAGUAAAUGUUGCUCAUAUUAAGACACAGAAACAGUAUACUUAGCAAAAGUUUGCAAAAUAUAUUUUAAUUAACAUUUAGUUUAAUUCGCACAGAGACAACGGUUGACAUGUGGUAAGGCGAACAGCCCAACAGCAUACAUCAGGAUGACAGAACCGAUCAUUGAGAAGACCCAUCACCUGAAAACUUCAAAUACCCCAUCAAGUGGGAGAGGAAGAGUUGUGGAGCAUCCCCAAACCAAUGAGAGCCGUGGACUUGAGACUGGCGGUAGGGGGCGAUAUGGAGAUAAACAGCAGCAAGCAGAGAGUGACGGCGGGGUUAUCCCUGCAGACAAGUUGUGGCAAAUGCAAGGCGGGCAGAGGGAGGUGUGCCCAAGAUUCGUUGCCGGAAAUGCACUUCCUAAGUGCCCAGCAGCAACACAGCCCUGCCAGGAACCCGGAGCAGAUGCAGCCGGAGAGGGUGGCCUCGUAGCCCACGGAAAUAGUGGAGAUGGACCGCACGAGGAGACCCUGAGUCAAGUGCAAGGCGAGUGUGGGAAGAGAACCGACUCUGGCUCUCCAGGCGCCGGGGCAGCUGUAGAUGCGCGUCAGGGCAAGAAGAAACACAGGCGUCGACCAUCCAAAAAGAAGCGUCAAUGGAAGCCCUAUUUUAAACUUUCUUGGGAAGAAAAGAAAAAGCUUGACGAGCGAGAGACCGAACGAGCGUCCCGAGUGAGAGCAGAGAUGUUCGCGAAGGGGUUGCCCGUUGCCCCCUACAAUACAACGCAGUUCCUUAUGGAUGAACACGACCGAGAGGAACCGGAUCUGAAUACCGAAAGUGGUCCCCGACGUCAGUUGGGGACUGGUGCUCGCCCAGAGGACACCGCAAGUGAGGACGAGCUUUUCGAUGUGGAGGAGGAGGAGGACUAUGGCAGCGGUGGUGGCAGCGACGGCAUCGGGAGGCCUGGAAACGCAGGUGGGGAGUUUCUUCAGAGAGACUUUUCCGAGACCUACGAGAAAUACCACAUCGAGAGUCUUCAAAACAUGUCCAAGCAAGAGCUGGUUCAAGAAUACCUGGAGCUGGAGAAGUGCAUGUCCCGUCUGGAGGAAGAGAACACCCGCUUGCGGCGCGUAACCAACCCGGACAUCACAGAUGAUAACCAGGUGCCCCAGUCGAAUUCGGCGCGGAUCAGAGAAUUGGAGGGUGAAUUGGAGAGACUGAGGGCGCAGAACAGUGAGCAACGUCCGCAGAGCAAGGAGCAGAUUGUCACAUUAGGUGACUAGAAAUGGAUAGAACCAGGUAAAAUAUGGAAACGAGGGGACUAAACAGGACUUUAAAAAAGUGUCACCAGUUUGUUAACUCUGGAAGGUUCAGUGACGGUCCGUAAAUUGCGUUGCAAAAUUUGAGCAUUCUUUUCUAUUUGGACUGUAAGGUGCCUGUUUAAAGUUUUUGAAUAAGUAAUGUAUAUAUUUAAAAUUAUUUUCUUUUUUAUAAAGAGAAUGUAUUUGGAAAUACGUUGUUUUUGUUUCCUUGGUAUGCAUGCAUUAAAAUACUCUAUCCCACAAUUUGUUAAAUCAGCAGGACUGUUUGUCCAAAUGUAACAUUUGUUUAAAAAAAAAAUGCUUCUUUUGAGAAUUUCAAAUAACUUUCCCAAAAUGAAAUGUGCAAAUUAACAUGUACACAAACAAUUUUUUUUUCUUUUUUCGUAGGGGGUAAAUAAAGAUUUUGCCUGAUACCAACAAAGUAUUUGGCUAUUAUCUGCAAGCCAUUUUACAGCUAUCGACUUACAUCAAUUUCUUUUCACUAUUUAGGCAGAUGUAAAGUGAUGGAAUAUGCCUAGUUUUUCAGAUUCAUUCAGAUGUGUCUUUACUAUCCAUAGAUGAACCACUACCAAAUCAGGUAAGUUGUGACUGCAUCACUCAUUACCACUAUAGAAAUGAUAUGCAGGUUGCAUAAUGCAACCAUUGGUAAACAACUGCCAAGAAUCUACAGCCAUAUAUUUAGAUAUGCAGGGUUGGGGAGUAACUGAUUAGGAAGUAAUCUGAUUAAGUUAGUUUGGGUAAUCCAAAAGUUACAUUGAUUACAAUGUUGGACAGGUAACUAAAGGAUGACAUUUAGAAAGUAUUUAUUUUAACUAGGCAAGUCAGUUAAGAACAAAUUCUUAUUUACAAUGACUGCCUACCCCGGCCAAACCCUGACGAUACUGGGCCAAUUGUGUGCCGCCCUAAGGGACUCCCAAUCACAGCUGGUUGUGAUAUAGCCUGGAAUCGAAUCAGGGUCUGUACCCAACCCUGGAUAUGUCUGUAGCUGUUGGUUUUGUGAGGUCUCAUGACAUAUCCUUACAAAAGCUAUUUUCUACUCCAACUCUCAAUAGGUCACCUCUUGACCUGUCUCAGUGGUAUGUGAAAUGGACCUAAUGUUGCAGGCUAAAGCUCAUUGAGCAGAUGACUCCGACUUGCUAAAAUAGCCUUUCUAAACAAGGCAAGGGUCCUAUUGGAGUUGCAUUGCCCUACUUCCAUGGUAUAAUUUGGGAUAUGUAACUUAUUGGGCCAAGGGUAAUCAACGCAUGUCAGGGAAGAACUGUCACUUUUUCAUUACAAUUUGCUAUUACUCAUAAAAUGAGAUUGGUAGGCUUAACAUUCACAUUGAAUUCAUUCAAAACAAAUCCAAUGCAGGUCAAUGAAAUUAGUAAUUUUUGUUCUCCAGGUCCAAAUCAUUCUAAAGUAUCCAACAUUGAGUGUUGCUCAAUUAAGUUACUUAUGUAUGAAACUGGCCAGGUAAAACAAACCAAUGCAUGGAUUGCUGUCAUACCUUGUCCAUAGACUUACAGGGUAAGGAAACAAAUAUAUAAUUUGGGUGAACUAUCCCUUUAAAGAGAGGAAAGAUAAUAAUAAAAAAUAGAUAAGUAACGCUGACCCAUUUAGCCUGGUUUCCGACUCAGAGAUGAAAUGUUGUCAAGAACAUUGACACAAAGUUGGAAAUACACUUCUGUGUCAAUAUAUUCCAAAAUGGUACAUUUUAUGUACAACGUGGGCUGUGGGCAGAGCAAAAUCGCUUACCAACUAGUUGUUUGUACUUAGAUUGCUAGCUAAUUGAUAACAUACCUCUGUCUAAAACGCAGGUUUGGUAACUAGCUAUAUGGCUGGUCAAAAUAUGCAUAUAUUUACCAUGCUAGGCCAGCUAACGACUUCCUUGUUUUUAGCAGGACUUUGCUAACUUGUUAGCUAGCUAGGUUUUACGCAGAUUUACACACUUAAAUUCUCCCAAUCAAACGAGGUUUACCGACAUACAAUACACUGAAACAAAUGUAUACAAAACUUCAGGAAUCUUAAUUGAAUCUGAUAUAAUUUGCACCGAUUUCGAGUUGUCAGGUCCUCUCUGGAUGCAUUCAGGGAAGUGUGGUGCAAGACUGACUGCUCUACAGCAUAAUUAUGGGUAAUGUAGUUCCAAGAUUCACCCGUGAUGGGAAAAAAAUUUACAGCAUUUUUUAUUGUGGUGCAGGAUGCAUUGGGUGGAUGCCAAUCAGUGGUGUCACAAACCUCGGUUCCACUUUUUUUGUUUGUGAAUUCAUUUUAUUCAUGUUAACUGACAUCCUUCCCAAUUUCAAUGAAAUAUCUGAAACUGUUGCCUGGAAUGACACAUGUCAGCAAUGAUCACAGAAUACUAUUGACAUUAAACAUUUCCAAAAUUAUCAAGCAACUGCAAAACAUUUUAAAAACUUAAUUCUGUUUAUUUACAUCAUAUAACCUUGCUUUGAAGCAAAAUGCCAUCAAAUGAAAUGGUUCCAGGUGGAUAACCUUUAGACAGGACAUUUUCUUAGAAGAUUGUUUACUCAAAGCAAUUCAAAAUGUACUUUACACAAUACAAUAUGUUACAUAUCAAUACAAUAUGUUACAUAUCAAUACAAUAUGUUACAUAUCAAUACAAUAUGUUACAUAUCAAUACAAUAUGUUACAUAUCAAUACAAUAUGUUACAUAUCAAUACAAUAUGUUACAUAUCAAUACAAUAUGUUACAUAUCAAUACAAUAUGUUACAUAUCAAUACAAUAUGUUACAUAUCAAUACAAUAUGUUACAUAUCAAGACAAUAUGUUACAUAUCAAUACAAUAUGUUACAUAUCAAUACAAUAUGUUACAUAUCAAGGCAAUAUGUUACAUAUCAAUACAAUAUGUUACAUAUCAAUACAAUAUGUUACAUAUCAAGGCAAUAUGUACAAAAUAUCAGACAUAAUAACAAACAUAAGGUAUAUCACACUUCAAGAAACGGACAGCUAAACACACAUUGAGUGUUGUCAGAAUUUUCUAAAAAUGUUUUGUAUUUCUCUUUUUGAUGAAGGCAUGAGCAGUUUGGUUCAGCUCUGUUAAGCUGUAUGUCUCCUAUUGGCUGACAGUUUAAAUGUAUACAGUUAGUUCAUCAAACAAAAUCUAAUGCAAAUGAGUUGGUACCAUAUUACCCUGUUCUAGGUAUUGAUUACCCUUACUUAGGGCUUGUUAUGUGAACCAUACAAAACACUGUCCACAUGAAAGAACCACUGUGUGUGAGAAAAGCAGGUGAGAGCACCAUACCUUCCCUCCCCUUGCAGCAUCAGGUGUUCUGCUGUUUGUUAGUGCUUGUUAGAUGCAAACCGACUGCAUAGACAAGUCCUUGGCCAGACACAGUGUGCUUUUAAUGGCCUCCCAGAGAGGCUGCUCGUAUGUAUGAUACACGUCUUUGGGUCAGCGGAUAAGAUGUCAGCACAGCAACGGGAAGAGAAUGGAUUCAGCUUAUAACUAGAUGUGAAGGUUGAGGCUUCUGGCAUUGAGAGUCUGGAAUAAUGAGGGUUAAUGGGGAGGUGAGGAAUGGCCAUGGCACGGCAGAACAAAACACUCUAGAAAUCAGGCACUUGUAGGGCAACUCUUGAGGUAAGACAAGACUAACUAAAAGUCAAUGACAUUUUACGAUGACAAAAUUCCUGUCAGGCAAAGGGGGAAACCAAAGAAUAACUCCCGUAUGACAUUGGUCGAGGGACAGUUAAUAAAGAGUAUUUGGGAAAUGGAAACUCAUCUUGGACCAUGGCCAAGAGAAUGGUAUGUCAGUCUAGAAACACAGCAGACCCAAAAAAUGGAUACUUAUGGUAACCACAUUUCUGCAAUCAGUCAUUUGUAUCCAGGAAUUCUGAAGCACCCCACUCACAGUGGUUAUUCAAUUGAGUCUAACCUUAUGGAAAUGUAUUAUAUGACAUGAAAAAUCAUGUGUAGAUGGCUUAAAACUUGAAAUAUUCCUGAUAAUAUAACAACUAAAAUAUAAUU